CUAGAAGACUCCGAGCCUGGACUACUUGUGCAUUGCGUCGGUCCUGAAUUCGACGUUUUGAUCCGCUCUGAAGCGUUACGCUCAAGGUCGAAGCGGAUGGUUUGAGGGCCGAGGCACACUAGGGCGGACGGUCAGUCGCUCGGUAAACGUUAAAGACGUGCAAUCAGAAACUCACUCUCGCUCGGUACAUAAUCGAGAGGUUAUGACAAGCCUCUACUCCGCUGCGGUGUUCAUUAGCAGUACUGUUUGGACAGCGCUGAUCCACGAAUAUACUUGGCGGUUUUCGCGAAAUGUUUCUUGGGACUCACCCAUGAGAUGACCGUAUCUACCGGGCCCCUUUCACUCUCCUAUUCUUUCGACUAGGCUCGAAGCUGAGAAUUAGGCUCUAAGUGGCUUUCUCCACACGGCCCCGAAGGAGCGUCCAGGCCCGGUGUCCUUUAUCUUCUUCCGUUAUCACGCCAUACAAUAUUGUCACGCAGAAGCCUGGACAUCACAUGGCCCACCCCUGGGUGGACAUUGGGUAUAUUAACAGCACUGUGCACCGCUUGGAUGCCCAGAAACUCGUUGACCACGUCCGAAUCACCGAGAUGCUCUCCAGACUAGCUCUCUCCAUGACACCUAUGAACGGCCCCGCCGCUCAUCGUUCGCAACUCCUCACCGGCAGCCGAUCUCCUCACCCCGUUCAACGCAUGCACACUGGCGCCAACAUGUCAAACCAUCGCGACAAGCUCGACUACAUCCGCGAGCUUGCUUCUACUGGUGGUGUCCUUGAACGUGCAGUCUCACAGGAAAGUCGGCCUUCAGAGAUGGAACUGACGACGAGGGAGAUGACUGCGGCCUGACACCGGUCAAGGUCGAUUAACACACAGGGGCUCGAGCACCAGUGAGAAGCUUGAGUCUCUGCGAGGCGAAACACCACACUACAUCAUUCGUCUAUUGAUGACAAUCACGAUUCUGCUCUAAUCGGCCUGCGUGCGGUUGUCGGUUUUGACUAAUCGGUAUCUUACUACCAUGCAGAUGGUAGGCCUGGGAGACGUAGGAAGGCGCAACGUUUCUGGAUACGCACGAUAUGCGAGUUCCUGCAUGUCAACGCGAGGUGGCGAUGGUAGAAACAUAUGUUUUAUAAGGUU